AUGGGUGUAAUACGGAAGAAGACCGCCUCGCGCGGCACUGAAGCGGGCACCAAGUAUCACUGUGAUAUUUGCUCGGUUGAUGUGACUUCAACGGUUCGCGUAUCUUGCGCCCAUCCCGCCUGCCACGAAUACGAUCUCUGCGUCCCCUGCUUCGCUGCCGGAGAGAAAUCCAAGAACCAUGACCCGUCAACGCAUCCAUUCCAGGUGAUCGAACAGAACUCGGUCCCGAUUUUCGAGGAGGACUGGGGUGCGGACGAGGAACUCCUGCUGCUGGAAGGCGCCGAGAUCUACGGACUGGGAUCAUGGGCGGACAUUGCAGACCACAUUGGUGGUUACCGCACCAAGGAGGAGGUUCGCGACCACUACAUCAGCGCCUAUAUCGAUAGCCCGAACUUCCCGUUACCGGAACGCGCCGAUCCGGACGACAAGCGCCUUUCGGAGGCCAUUUCGAAGGAAGAAUUCCAGGCGCGGAAGAAACGCCGCAUUGAAGAGCGCAAAGAGGCGGCCAAGGCAGCUCCACCCACAACACCGAAGCAGAAGCCUACUGCCAGUGUACCGGCUUGUCACGAAGUGCAGGGCUACAUGCCGGGUCGAUUGGAGUUUGAGACAGAGUUCAUGAACGAAGCCGAGGAAGCGGUGCAGCACAUGACAUUUGAGCCUGGCGCGGGCGAGACGGCGAACGGCGAGACAGACGCGGAGAUGGAAUUGAAGAUGACCGUGGUGGAUAUCUAUAACUCGCGGCUUACGGCGCGCACGGAGCGCAAGAAGAUCCUCUUCGAGCACAACCUCCUCGAAUACCGCAAGAACACGGCACUGGAGAAGAAGCGCACGAAAGAGGAGCGUGACUUGCUGAACAAGGCGAAGCCAUUUGCCCGGAUGAUGAACCACGAUGAUUUUGAAGAGUUCAACAAGGGUCUCGAGUACGAGCACAACCUGCGGCUAGCCAUCACGCAGCUCCAGGAGUGGCGCCAGAUGGGCAUUGGUGAUCUGAAAGGCGGAGAGAAAUACGAACAGGAGAAGCAACAGCGGGCACAGCGGAUGGUGCCGCAGGGCUCGUUUGAUCGGUUCGCCAGCACGCGACCGACGAAGCAGUCGCAGCAACCAGAACAGCCGUCCGCUGCCAGUCAGCUGACAACCCCGGAGCUUCCUCUCCGGCUACAAAAGGCGUCCGGGGCGCCUAAGGCACCAGAGCCUGUUAACCCGCCGAUGAAUGAUUUUGAUCGGGCGUUUGCCGCCACCAAUGGCGACGGGAUCAGCACGCCGCAGCCAGUGAAGACCAAGUUUGUGAUCCAGCCACUGAAUGGAGUGAUUCCGUGGAAGCUGGAGAACGAGGGAGCACCGGAUCUGCACCUGCUGACCAAGGAGGAGGUCGAGGUGUGCAAUGUGUUGCACAUGCAGCCCAAGCCGUACCUAGUAAUUAAGGAGACGUUAUUGAAAGAGGCGAUGAAGCAGGGCGGCAGUUUAAAGAAGAAGGACGCGCGAGCUAUUUGCAAGGUCGACAGUACCAAGACGAGUCGUAUCUACGAUUUCAUGGUACACAGCGGCUGGAUCAACAAGAGCUGA